GGCCCAAAUUUCAACCUUCCCAUUCAAACUCGAACAGAACUUUCAACCACCUCGAAUGGCGGAAGGGUAUCUGAUCAGAGUGAGAGGUCACUGACCUCUUUUACCCUGCACACCCUGUUCCACCCGCGCAUGUUAACAUCUCAUCUCUUCUACUGCGCCAAUCGCCGCCAAAAGCCAAAAGCAUUGUAUCUCAAUUGGACGUCACGACCCUUGGACCUCCUCUAGGGCCAACCGCACACCUCAUCAAUAAUUAAAUCAUCUCAUUUCAAAUUCUUCCAAUUUUCAAUGUCUUCAGUUCGUAAAUUGAUGGCUAGUAUUUCAAACUCGUUGCCGCUGAAGCAUGGAAUCUCUCUCUGGUGUCCUCAACAUGCUUCUCUGAAUCGGACCCGCCUUCCUUCUUCAUUCGGAUCAUCAGCCUCAGCCAGACGUUACGGCGUCGUUUCGUGUGCUUUCGCUAACGAAAAUCGAGAGUUUGUUAUCGUCGGCGGUGGAAAUGCCGCUGGGUAUGCAGCACGGACUUUUGUUGAACACGGUAUGGCUGAUGGAAAGCUCUGCAUUGUAUCUAAAGAGGCAUUUGCGCCAUACGAGCGUCCUGCUUUGACAAAAGGCUAUCUGUUCCCUCUGGACAAAAAGCCAGCACGAUUACCUGGUUUUCAUACUUGUGUUGGAUCGGGUGGAGAGAGACAGACCCCUGAUUGGUAUAAAGAGAAAGGGAUAGAGAUGUUAUAUGAAGAUCCAGUAACAGGUAUUGAUAUUGAAAAACAAACCCUGAUGACAAAUUCAGGCAAACUCCUCAAGUAUGGAUCCCUUAUAAUUGCUACAGGUUGUACGGCAUCAAGACUUCCAGAUAAAAUAGGAGGAAACUUACCUGGUGUUCAUUACAUCCGGGAUGUUGCAGAUGCUGAUUCAUUGAUAUCAUCAUUGGAGAAGGCACGGAAAGUUGUUAUUGUUGGUGGUGGUUACAUUGGUAUGGAGGUUGCUGCAGCGGCUGCAGGUUGGAAACUUGAUACCACGAUUAUAUUUCCAGAGGAUCAUCUUUUGCAAAGAUUGUUUACUCCUACACUUGCACGGAGAUAUGAAGAGUUUUAUCAGGAGAAUGGUGUCAAAUUUGUGAAGGGAGCCUCUAUCAAAAACAUAGAAGCUGGUUCUGAUGGACAUGUAACUGCUGUAAAACUUGAAAAUGGAUCCACCAUAGAAGCAGACACGAUUAUUAUUGGUAUUGGAGCAAAACCUGCUGUUAGUCCAUUUGAAAGGGUGGGCAUAAAUACCACUGUGGGUGGAAUACAGGUUGAUGGUCAGUUCCGAACAAGUGUACCUGGAAUCUUUGCAAUUGGAGAUGUGGCUGCAUUCCCAUUAAAGAUGUAUAACCGUAUUGCACGAGUUGAACAUGUUGAUCAUGCUCGUCGCUCAGCACAGCAUUGUAUAAAUGCAUUAUUGACUGCAAAAACACAUCUAUACGAUUAUCUCCCAUAUUUUUACUCGAGGGUGUUUGAGUAUGAAGGGAGCCCAAGGAAAAUAUGGUGGCAAUUUUUUGGGGACAAUGCAGUUGGAGAGACAGUUGAAAUAGGGAAUUUUGACCCGAAGAUUGCUACUUUCUGGAUAGAUUCUGGUAAACUGAAAGGGGUUCUCCUUGAAAGUGGCAGUCCUGAGGAAUUUCAACUCCUUCCGAAGCUCGCAAGGAGCCAACCUCACGUUGAUAUGACCAAGCUUCAGAAGGCAUCUUCGGUUGAGGAGGCACUAGAAUUGGCUCAUGCAUACGUGCAAGCUGGAGCUGCAGUUUAGCUCAGAAUUCCCCACGACCCUAACUUUCCUCUUUUUAAUAAUAUUUUCGUCCAGGAUUUGCCCCCUCCCUCCACUUUUUUGGUCAAAUAAUUGCAGUGGUGACGCAUAUCAUGAAAUGGUGCACUCAGUAAAGGUUAGUUAUCCGCCACUCUAUGUAUACGAGAAGUCUUAGCCAGUCAAUUUUUCUUAAUGACAUUUUGAGUGAGCUGAAUCGGUCCAUAUCUUUGUAAUAUAUAUGCAGUUUCAACGGAUUUAUUGUGAAAAUUGGUGGUGGUUGUUGUUCUA